GUGUGUCUCUAUGUGCCUUAGUGUAUGUCUACCUACCACCACCUAUGCUAUGAUAUUUCUUAAGUCAGACAGUUGAAGUGGUCAUGGGAAUUUAGACUUACACAGCUAGCUCUGCUUUCAAACAAAAAAAACAACAAAAAUAAAGCUUAUAGGUAGGUAGGUUGGUAGGUAGGAGGUUGGUACUACUGAAGUAUGGAUGAUAUUGGUUAGUUAUUAGAUCGUUCAAUGAAUGUCUGUGUACUUUAAUGCGUUUUCUUUCACUUCUCCCCGGUCUCACUAUCACACCACCCCCCGUACUACUACCCCCACCACCAUUAUCAUCAUAACGACGAUGACCAUCACUACCAGUGAUAAUUGUACUACUACUACUACUACUGGUGUACUGGCAUUAGUGUAUUAGUAUUACUACAAGUGGUAGCAAAACCAACAACAACAGCAACAACAAUAACAAAAAAUACAAUCCACUACCACCCUGAAGAGAAGAACUCACAACACAACAGGACAAAAUGCAAGACAGUAGUACAGAGAAGCGCGACACAUACAGCAUGAUAUGUAUAUAUAUAUAUAUAUGUGUAUAUUUAUCGCACUCAGUGCAGGAAACAAAUGGCACAGUUGUGCAAAAUCUUUGAACAGUCUCGUGAUGUGUAUACACACAUACUGAUAUGAUAUGAUAUGAUACGAUAUAUAUACGUGUCUUUCAGAUGAAUACUUCACCUGUGUUUGUGAUUAUUUUGAUUUGAAAUCAUGCUCUCAUGAUGAGGUGGCACACGAAAGAAGAAGAAGAGGGAAUUGUAAUUUUCUUUUUGAAUAACCACCUUUAUAAUUGCUAAAAAGGCCUCAACCCUUAUAUUAUUUCUACUACUAUUAUUAUUAUUACUAUAAAAAAAAACAGGAACAUUUAUGACACCCGAUCAUAAUAUCUUGAUUAAAUCUUGUUGUUAUGUUGCAUCUUGCCAUCAAAAAUUUAAAUCUCCCUCUUGCUAAACAAUCAAACAAAAAAAACAAAUAAACAACACUGAACAUUGAUCACAAUAAAAAAUUGGAAUUGUGUUUUUCAAAGACAAUCCAACACACUAAAGGAAGCGCGAGAAUUAAACGGGAAUAUUAAAAUUUUUAUCAAAGGGGAUACCAUAAAGUAACACAAUUAAACAAGGAAAUAGAAUAAUUCAUAUUUCAAUUACACUGGUAUUGAAUUGAGAAAGAAGGAGAGAGAGAGACAAUUGUUGUCUUGGAAUUGAUUCAAAGAUUUUACGUAUAUGUAUUUUUGAUUAUCACAUAUAAUAUAUUACAACAACAACAACAAUAUCAACGAAAAAGAACAUUGUCAUGUUCUUCAACCUUUUGCAGUAUGUACUACUAAUUUCCAUGAACUUAUUUGUAAUGAUCAAUCAGAGCGUGUUAAUGCAUGAACGAAGGUGACCGUCGUUGUCUUUGUGUGACGCUAAUUGCCUCGAAUAAUCUUUGAAACUUGAUGCAUACAAUUCAUGGAUAUUCUGUUAUUCGCCAAUUUUGGUUAAAUCAAUGACUGGCAGUGAUUCUUCAAUGUGUGAUCUGGACAUUAAGUCGUCAUCAUUGACAAGUCAUCAUCAAGACAAUCAACAAAAUCAAUUGUUUCAUAUACCAUCUGCCAAUACCAUAAAUACUACUGCUUCCGAUGUUAUUCACAAGACUGAUUAUACUCACAAAGUUACUGAGAACGAUGAUGAUGAUGGUGGUGAUAAUAUUAUGAAAGAUCAGUCAUCUAGGCAAAAUUGCAUUGAUGAUGACCUUGAUGAAAAUUUAAUCGAUGACGGGGAUGCAGAUAUUGUUGACAUUGAAGAGAAAGAGGAGGAGAAGAAUAGAAGUCUAAAGCAUGAAAGUCCUCAAGCCUCACUACCAAUUACUACUAAUGUGCCAAGUUGUUUCCAGUCAACUCGUGGUAAUACAGUUCCAUUUCUACCUAUUUCUGCUACGCAUGAUGGUCGAUAUGAAUGGCCACCAUCAUCAUCAUCAACAACAACAACAACAAGAAAUUUAAAUUUACCGGCAAAUAUAUUUUCAACUCAAACAACAUCAGCAAUGAACAGUCAUCAAUUUAUUCAGGGGAAUAAUACAAAUAAUAAUAAUAUGAAUGAUAUGCAUGAUGAAACAAGAAAUCAAAUGAUGCGUAUUAAUAGUAGCAAUAAUAAUAAUAUCUGUGAUUUUAAAUCGAUGCUUCCUACCAUUAAUAAUGUCAACAAUAAUCAUAAUCAUAAUAGUAGCAGUAACAAUAAUAAUAGUAUGGAUGAAACGAAUGGGACAAAUCAUAGAAAUGCAUCCCUAUUUCCAAAUGAGAAACCAAUGGAUACUGAUCAACAAAAAAGUAAUAAAAUAGAAUGUUCAUCAUCAUCAGAGGCUAAUAUAGUUGCAGCCGCUGCAGCAUUGAACGCUGUACGUAGAUGGUUCACCAGUAAUACAUCGUCCUUAUCAAAUAAUGACAAUCUGUUAAAACCUGUAUGGAAUGAAGGUACGAGAUCAAUGGGCACAGAUAAAAAUCCUAUGAAUUUAAUGUGUCAGCCAAAUAUUCUGUCAAAUACACCCUUUAACACAUUAUUACUUCCACCGUCAACUGUACAUGUGACAGUUCCUUCACUUCAGAAUGCAUCACCUGUUCAUCAACUGCCAUCAUCAACGCUUAGUUCAAUGCCUAGUCAUCAUCAUCAUCAUCAUCAACAACAACAGCAACAGCAGCAGCCAAAUCAGCAACUCCAAUAUCCACAUCACCCGCAUUAUACACCAUUUUUACACCGUGGACAUCAUAGUAGUGGAUAUAUACCGAAUUAUUCAGCACCAAUUCUACGUGGUGGUAAAAAACGUUCACAUUCACAGUCAUCAGUGAAUGAAUUAUUUGAUAUAUCAAGUUUAACAAGAAGUUCACAAGGUUCAUUAUAUAUUAUGCAAUCAAUACGUGGCUCACAUAGUAUGGGACAAAGUGGUGAAGGAUCAUAUGGUCAUUUAUCUGCUGCCUCCCUUGGUGCUAGUCCUGCAGCCUCAUGUGAUAUUCGUCGUACACUUAGCAGUAGUAAUGGUAAUUCAGCGCAUACAGCUCCACCAACUUCAUUCAGUGAUAGAUCACCUUUCUGGUCGCCUAAUUCACCUCAUUCAAUAGGCAGUGGAAAUGGUGCUAUUGGAUUCGACAAUUAUCAAAUAAAUUCGCAUAAAUCCCUUCCCUUACCGCAUGUUUUACAGUCAUAUCAUCAACAGAAUUCAGGACGUACGUCUACAAGUGGUGGUAGUAAUCGUUCCACGGGGAGUAGUUUAAAUCGGGCUCCAUUUGGACAUUUGGCAGUUUUAUCCUCAUCGAAUACAUUGAAUAAACAACUACAGCAGCAGCAAUCAUUAGAUUCCAGUGCUUUAUUCAACUGUUCAAUGGAUCCUAUGAAGUCUUUAUCAAGUAAUCCUUCUCAUUUAAUGACACCAUCAUGUAGAGCAUUGACGUUAUCCAAUAGUGGUAGUAAUAAUAAUAAUAAUGCUACCGCUAAUAAUAAUAAUAAUGUAUUACAAUCAGCUAUGGCUUUUGCAGCAGUCGCAGCCGCGGCGGCUGUCGGCUCAUCUACUUCUCCGUUUAUGAAUAUUACAGAAAGAGAAAAUACUUCGUCGUCAAUGGAUAAAUUUAUAUCAGAAAAUAAUUUUCAACGAGAAUGUCUCAGUAAUGAUAAUAAUAACAAUAAUAACCUACCUCAAACUCAGUCUAGUGGAUGUGAGCUGUCAUGUACACCAGUAACGCUUCCUAGCAAUGGUAAUAAUCCUGUAGGUGUAUACGGAUCAGUCAAUUCUAUGUGUAAUAAUCUAAUUUCAUCCUGCUUUACAAAACCGUCAAUUUCUUUAGCCAACGCUACUACUAAUACUAAUAAUAAUAAUAACAUAUUAUCAAACAGUACUUGUUCAGGUAACUAUGGAAAUAUCUCCCCAAAUAAACUAAUGAGUUAUGAUGAUGUUUACAUGGAUGUAGUGAAUAAAGAAAGUAAUCAACAUAGUGCAGUGAGAAAGCAUUCCUUUACCUCCUCUCCCCCUUUGCCACCUGCUCCACCUCCACUACAUCUUACUCCACUUUCACAUCCUUUAUUACCGUCAUCUUAUCAGUCGUCUACUGCCCUCAGCAAUCAAACCAAUCAUAUCAGUUUGAGUAAUACUAACAAAAUGAAUACAACUCAUGCUAAUAGUAAUAGUAAUAAUAAUAAUGUUAAUAUCCCCUCACCAUUUAUGUAUCCUUUACAUUGGCCUUUUGAAUCUGCAUCAACACCUGAAUGGCCAUAUAAAUGGUUAAAUAAUAAUACCAACAAUGUGAAAUCUUCAUCUAAAUCCAAUGAAACUACUACUAAUACACGAAAAAAUGGACGCUUAAAAACAAAUCAAAUGGAUUUAUGCUCAACAUUAUCAAGAACUGAUAUGUCGAAAUUAACCCAGAAUGAAAAUAACACUAGUAAUCAUCAUAACUAUUUAAUGAGUGAUACAAAUAAUCUUCAAUGUCCAACACUAACAAAAGAUCUUUUAAAACAACACUGUUCCGUUAAUAAUAACUUAGGUAAUAGUAAUAAUAAUAAUAAUCCUAAUAUUGGGAAUAACAUUUUUCCACAAUAUCAUCAACAAAGUAUGGGAAGAAGACUUAGCGAUCAUUCGUCGAAUCAUAUGCGUAGUGUUAAAAGUUCUAAUCGUGGAUGUAGAACGACGACAACAAUAACAACGGUAGGAGCAGCAACUGCAUCUUCAUCAUCGUCAAUAGCAACGCCAACACUGUUUAAACAAGAAACAAUUGGACAUUCAACAAAAUGGCAAAGUCAAGAUGUAGUAGUUAUGAAUCGUCGAAAUUCAACACGUGAUUCUAGUAGUCAUAAUGAUAAUAAUAAUAAUAAUGGUGGAGGUGGACAUUGUUCAGUUGAUGAACCUGAAGGAGAUGAAGAUGAAGAACUGGAUGAUGAUGGACGUGUUCCACAGGAAGGUGAUCCAGAUUUUGUUGAGACAACAUGUCGAUGGGGUGAUUGUACGCUACAAUUCGAUGAUCAAGAUGAACUUGUGAAACAUCUUAGCAAUGAACAUAUAGCAGGAAAUAAAAAGAGUUUUAUUUGCUUAUGGCGUGAAUGCGUUCGUGGAACUAGACCAUUCAAAGCUCAAUACAUGCUUGUUGUACAUAUGCGAAGACAUACAGGAGAGAAACCGCAUAAAUGUAUAUUUGAAGGUUGCACAAAACGUUAUUCCCGCCUGGAAAAUUUAAAAACACAUCUACGAUCACAUACUGGAGAAAAACCGUAUCAAUGUGAAAUUCCAGGAUGUAAUAAAGCCUUUAGUAAUGCAUCAGAUAGAGCUAAACAUCAAAAUCGAACGCAUAGUAAUGAAAAACCCUAUACGUGUAAAGUUGACGGUUGUUCAAAACGCUAUACAGAUCCUAGUUCUUUAAGAAAACAUGUGAAAACAGUUCAUGGGGCUGAAGUAUAUGCCAAUAAGAAACAUAAAGGUGAAAGUUGGAGUGAUCGACCAUGUGGAGGAUCAAAUUUUGGUAGUGGACAUUUUUUCGGUAGUGGGAAUGAUAAUUCUUCACAAGAGAAACGAUCAAAUGGUUCAAUGCCUGGUACACGUGGAAGAUUUGCACCACGUGGAAUGCAUGAUAAUAAUAAUAACAACAAUUCAGGAUUUCAUCGUGGAGGUUAUGCAAAUCGUGAACAACGUCCAUCUUCAUCAAACACCAGAGAUGCUUGUUUAGCAUGUCUUAACAGUCCAAUUCGUACAGAAUCAAUCAAUCCUGUUGAUAUAAAUACUGAACAUACACUGGUAGAUUAUCAAAACUCUGAAUUCCCACGAUUCUCAAGACGAUUCAGUACACAUUUCUCGGGUAGAAAUACUCCACAUAUGAAUUGGAAUUUAUCUGAAUUCAGCUAUCAAAAUGCAAAUUCGAACGUGUUAAUGAUGACCUCUCCACCGGUAGCAUAUAACAAUCAAAGUGAUCAUUAUUUUACUAAUCUUAAAUGUGAACAUUCCAUUUAUCCAAAUUAUAUGGAUUUUACUCGAAAUAUAAUCGAUUCCGAGGGGAAUGCUAACUUGAUACCAUCUUGGAUAUCAUCAUCAACAGCAGCAGCUAAACCACGUGAUAAUCUGUAUUUUCAAAGUACCGAUAGUGAUGGAGUAGCAGGAGUAGGCAGUGAUGGGCACAAAAUCGCCACUGUUCAUUCAAAUACUAAUAAUCUAUCACUGACACCAAAUUCUCUUCCUAUCACUCCGCAGCCUGAUAAGUCCUUAGAGGAUUCUUAUCAGUUAAUAAAUAGCAAACAAAAGAUUGUAUUUCCUACUACGAUAAUAAAUGAAGACUAUUCAAUGUGUACUCCUUCUUCUUCUACUGCUCCUCUGGCUGCUACGAUUACUACCACUACCCCUACUACUACUUCUACUACUACAAGACAAACGGAUUAUAACCAACCAAUAGAAUUAUGCUCUUAUGGCAGCUCAGAUCGAUCCUUAAAAGCAUCAACUGUGAAAUCGGAAUCAACCUCGAAUUGGAAAUAUUCGACAUCAUUUCACGAGAUGAGUAAAUGUCAACAGUAUGAGAAUUCAUCAACUGCUUAUUUUAAUGAAGAUGGCAUAAAAAGGCAAACAACUGUCAACUUGCCAAUUUCUUCAGAAUAUCAUUCGAAUUCUCACUUAAAGUUGAAAUCAAAUGAUGAUCAAAUGUUACUUCAUUUAAACAAACCAGCCAUUGACAAUGAACAUUUGAAUGAAAUGUCAACUGCAACAAAUUGUUUUGAUUUGCCGAAAAAAUGGAAAAUUGAAGAUACAAUGAUGCCGCUUAAAAAUAAUAAUAAUAAAAUAAUUCAUGAUAAUCAUAGAAAACAAUUCAAUGAACUGUUAGAAGAAUCAUCUUUAGAGGUGAAUAAAAUAAAGCAGAUUUCGAAUAGUGAUAAUAACCAUACUACUAACAAUAGUAGUACAGUAGUAAACAGUAUUUAUGAUGAAAAUAUUAUUGGACAGAAUUCUCAAAACUGUGAAAUGGACUGUUCAACUCCUCUUGGUGUCAUACAUGAGAAUUGUUUAAUGACUGAACUUUGGGAUUCAGAGAGUGCAACUGCUUCAUCUGGUAUUGGAUCUGGUGUGACGACCAAUACAGGAUCAGAUAAUAAUAAUAGCAAUGAUCAUAUCCGACACAAUCCCAGAAAACCUAUCCAUUCACAUAAAAGUAAUUCAAAUCAGAAUAACAGGCACAAUAAUGAUAACAGUGUAAAUAAUGCCAGUAAUCCCAACACGCAUGAUCAAAUCCCCAAAACACCCCAUAGAAAUCAUAAUCCUAGAAGUAAUAGUAGUAGUAGUGGUUUAUACGAAAGCUCAUUCAAUACAGACAUACACAAUACAAAUGAUACUAUAUCCAAUGCAGUCCCUUCUCAGACAUACAUAUCCCCCUACUCUUUACAAAAUAGUAACGGUUUAACGCAUUCUAUAUGCAACUGUUUACAAGGGCAACAACAACAACAAUCUCUGGGAAAUCAUCAACAACAAAAUCACAGACAAGAAGAUAAUUUGCAUCAGACAAUUUGUCAUGAACAAAUUAUUACUGAUCCCGCUUUAAUAGAUAUGCAUACACCGUCUCAAUUAGAUCUAGAACAGCUCAGUUCAACAAGUUCUCAAGUAAGCAGUGGAGUUGGAUCGAUGAGUUCAUCGAAUGCUGGAAGUGGUUAUAAUAACGGGACUAAUACAAAUAUAGAUAAAGGGAAAACAAACAUGGAAAACUCUGGUAAUUUCACUAAUAAUAAUAAUUAUAAUGGUAAUAAUAAUAAUAUUAACAAUAACCUGUUACAUAUGAGUACUCUUCCGAGGCCAGUCCAUCAAAGUGGAGAUUACAAUGAAGAUAAUGUUACUAAAAUGUGGAGAAAAUACCAUAAACCAUAUCAUGAUUAUCAGUCUGAAUAUAAUCAAUGCACAAAACUAUAUUCUGAAGAAUUCAGUUCAAGUGUAUCCAGAUCAACUGUGAACAAUGCUCAGUAUUCAACGUCAACUUCACAGUCCACUUCCUCUUCUUCUAUUCAUCCAUACUCACUGCCUCAGAGUCAUUCUCAAAAUAAUCUUAAUUCAAUAACUCCUAAUUCAUUGUAUAAUAGACAAAUGGAUUUAUGUUUUCCGUUGAAUGCUAUUUCUUCUUCCGCAUAUUCAUCAUUCACUUCAAAUCGUCCUCAUUCUGUUGAACUAUUUUCACAUGUUAAUUCAGAUUUGAGGGGAAGAAGAAGAGAAAGAGGGGAUGCUACUGAUGACCACAGAGAAUAUACACAGAAUUUCCAUCGAAAUGACGAUGUUAUCACUGAAAGCAACAAUAGUUGUAGUAGUAAUAUGAUAAUCCAAAGGGUUUCUGCGACUACAGACAGAUGUCACUUAAAUGAAGCAUGGUUUGGGAAUACUACUAGUAAUAAUAAUAAUAAUAAUGAUAACAAUAAAAGUAAUAAUAAUAAUAACAAUAGUUAUUGGUCAAACCCAUAUUACACUGACCUGGCGUACAUGUCUACCCCAGAUACUGGUCCCACUUGGUUAGAUAAAUCGAUGACAACACCAGUUGCUUCUUCAACAUCUUCAUGUAUUCCAACAGGAUUUGCAGAUUAUAAUAAGCAGACAUCCUGUUAUCCAUUGACUUCGAAUUCAAUUCCGGUUAAUCAUAACCAAACAUCACUAACCUCAACAUCUAUAGAGGCAUCAUCGUCAACUUCAACAAUAUCAUCAGGGAAAUUAAGAUCAUCAUUACCCUUCUGGAGUGAAAACAGUCAUUUGCAAGACUCAAAUUUAUACAAUAUUCACAAUCCAUAUGUUCAGUGUAGUCAAACAAUCGCCACCCCUAAUGCUACUUCCAUGAACAACAUAAACAACAAUAAUAAUAAUAAUAUCAGUACGAGUGGAAUAAUAAGUUCUCAGAGAAAUCGAAACACCGAUGUCAAUUAUUCUUACCCGACCUUUCAGCAUAAUUCUUCCUCUGAAUCAGAAAAUCUGUCUAACCAUCAUAAUUCUUUAUUGUUGCCUUUGUCAACCGAAUCGAUAGCACCUACAUCCUCUGCACAGAAUACUCCUUAUUCAUCAAAUCACUUAACAAUGAAUGAAGUUAGUCAAAGGUGUAGUGAACAAAUGAACAAUAUAAAUCCAUUAAAUAUCCCCCCUCAUCAGUUAACUGGCAAUUAUCAAAAUUCAUUUGAUCAGCAAGUACAAAAUAUUCCUUCUGUUGUCAAUAGUUCAAUUCAUACUUAUAUUAAUUCAUUUCACUCAUCGAAUUUAUUGUACAGUCCUUUUUUACAAUCAGUUUUUGAUGAACAGACAACACCAAUAUCUUCAUCAACACAACCACAACCACCGCCAUCAUCAUCAUCAUCAUCAUCAGUAUUCCCUUCGCCUACUACUAAUCAUCUUGGUCAAUAUGAUCAAUUCUUUGUAAAUGCUAACCCAAUUAGUAAUAAUUUGGUGGUAUGCAGUAUGUCAUCUAUGGAUACAGAUUGUAUACCAUUUCAUUCAUGCAAUUAAUGUGUAUGAUGUAUACAAGUUGAAAUAGAGUGUGAUAAGAACAAUUAAUUACAUUUACUAAUUAUCAUCAUUGUUUUUCAUAUUAUUAUUAUUAUUACCAUUUUAUUUAUUAGUAUAAUUUAUAAUUUAAUGUGAAGAAGAAGUAAUACAGUCAUGAACGAAACAAGAAAUCACCAAUACUAUUCCGACUUUGUUUUCAUCUUUAUGCAGCCUAGUCACACAGUACAGCUGGUAGCAUUUUGGUUGUAUUCUAUAGAACUUAAUAGAAAACAUAAUUUUGGUGAAUGUAUUCUUUUGUUUUUUUGUAAUAAGCUGAUAUAACUUACAUAUUUUGCAUAAAAACUAACAAACAAACAGACAAAAUAAGCGCCACAUUUUGUUUUCAUAUCUGAUUUUUAAAUUACUUCAUUAAAACAAAACAACAACUGGCAGUCUUAUUUAAAGCUGAUAUAUAUAUAUAUAUAUAUCUUUUACAGUUUCCUUUGCACUUCUUCACUUUCCAUUUCCGUAGUCUUAUCAUUAGUGUUUCAUUGACUGUCUCAUAUGAAGUCGAUUAUUUCAAGGUGUUCAUCUCUCCGGUGACCUUAACUAUACUGAAUAUAUAUAUGUAUGUAGACACUUGGACAUUGAACAUACAAAAUUAAUUUGCGCUAUUUGCUCCAAGAAAAAAAAAACAAUUAUGAAUAAUUUUCCCAUCCAAAAAAGAAAUUUCAAAGAUUAUCUUCUAAAUUUUAUUUCCUUUUUCCAUUUGAAUGACAAUAAAUUAUGGAAUUUUGUUUGAUAAAUGACAAAAAGAACGCGCAUCAAUCAGGUUGUACUAUGAGUUUGUUUUAAAUUAUCAAUGUUGACCUUGUAAAAGACAAUGUACAUCAUUAAUAUUCACUCCGGUUUUCUUAAAUUUAACUAAAACUCAGUUUUAUGGGAGAGAGAGAGAGAAAAAGGGGGAGAAACAUCAGUUCUCUUUAUCACACUUAGACAAAUUAUUAUACAAUUCAUCAUUAUUCAUCAUAGUAAUUCUUUUCUUUGGUCAUUUUUUUGAAAAUUUUCUUUGAACUGGACGUGAAUAUAUACAUAUAUGUAAUCUUAUGAGCGCCAAUUUUGUCGUCUAAUUCAAUUGAAUCCUUCUUUUCAAUAUUUUCCUAUUCUUUUAAAACAUUCAAUGUUCAAUUGAAAAACACAAUGAAAACUGAAAAGUCGAUGACACUAGGUUAUAAUUAGAUUCUUGUUUUAUAUAAUAGUAAUAGUAAUAACAUUAUGUUGCAGACAAUACUGAGUAUUGUUAGCAAGUGAAUAACUUUCGUUGCAAUUCCUUGUAUAAAUGAGUAAAUAUUCAUAAACAAUAUGUUGAUUCUCUUUGUUAGGUUGAUUUUUCUUUCUUCUUCAGAUUUUCAGCCUUAUUCCAGUUUUGAGAAAUUUAGAUGGGAGUGUCUUCGAUAAAUCGAUUAAAUGUCGGUCUUGCUCUUCAUAAGAAACUACAAAAUUCUUAUAAUUACCACACGGCUCUUGAAUCACAUAACAGAGAAUUCAACGAAGAAAAUUCUCUUUUCGAUGAUUCCAUUUUCAUCACUGUACAAUCACAAAUAUAUAAAAAAACUACGAUAUGCAAUAGAAAUCAGUUUGUGCGUGUAUAUGAAAAUGUGAAAAUAAAUAGAGGUCAACCUAAAGGUCAGUAGACAUGUAUGAAAUAGAUGAUCGGAAAAUAAAGUACAUUC